CACCCUCCGUUGGCUAGAGAGGGAUGGGUGAUUACAAAAUUUGAAGGGACUGUAACUGCUAAAUCCCACUAGGAUUCAAAUCAAUUUGGAUGUUUCGUUAGAAUCAGUGCAGGAACCAAAAGGGAGAUGUCUACUAUUUGCAUCCCAGUAGGAAGGAAAUCAGAAGGAAUAAGGCUUUUUGUAAAAGCAUUGAAUGAAGCCUUAAAACCUCAAGAAGGGAUUGUUUCUGCUGGAAAGAAACUCGUUUCUCCUUGGAGAGCAGAAGCUUCAGCUUCUCUAGACCUGUCAGACCAGAUAAUUCGGGUGGAGAGUGUAGAGGAAGAACAAUUGAGGUUUACUUCCAUAUCCUCAAAGCUACUGGAACAAGAUGUUACACAUGGUUCUAUAAUGCAUAGCCUCACAGAAAAUGGGUUAAAUGAUGGGUCAGUUGAGAAUAAGGAACCUGAAGAUGAAGAAAAGAAGAUCCAAAUGUUAUUUCAACCAGCUUUCGAUGCCUAUUUCGAAACAAUCUUCAGGGCAGUGGAAAGACAGGUUCUUGAGGCUUUGGCGAGGACAACACUACUGGAUAAACUGAAAAUGGGACUUCUUCAAAACAUGUCGGGUAAGACUCUAAGAGCAACACGGGAGACGGUGAAAAGCAUGGAAAAAGUGACCCUUGUUCAAUUUGAAGAUUCCAAAUACCCAGCGUUCAUUUCUUGUUCCAAAGUUGAUGAAAGCCUUGUGGCGGAGUUUCUAACAGGGGAACAGGUUGAAGAGUCACAAGCUACAACUCGUUAACGCUUAAUCUUAUGUUUUAAUGCUUCCAGGAUAACAAAACAAGAAGUCCUUGGUAUUUGAUUUAGUUUCAUUUAAUGCUUGUUGUCUUAAGUAUCUCAAGGGAGGGCCAAAUGGAGCUGUGUUAAUCUUGGUCCACUCCAAGGGUUCAAAGAAAUGGGUUUUCAAGGU